AUGCCCCCUCACGUCCCGGGUCCCGUCCCUCAGAUAAGGACGCGACAGGUGAAAUGUCAGGAUCAGAAGGGGUCACGUCUGCGUCAGCAUCAUCAGGAACAGCAACUACGUCAGAUUCUUCAGGCACUACGACCACAGAGGAUACCACAACGACAGAGACCACGAAAGUUGCCAACUGCCACCACGGCGGCAUCCAAGGAUGAAACCACACAGAAGGAGACGGCCAAGAAGACUCCAGAGGAUAAUCCAGACAAGGGCGUUCAUGGCUCUGCCACAACCCUUAAGCCAAAGGGGGUCAGUCGUCGCACCAGGUCUACGAAGACCACGAGCUCCUCAGCCAGGAGACGGGAGCUGGAAGCCAGAGAAGAAUUAGCACGCAUGGAGCUAAAGCAAGCUCAAGCUGCGGCGAAGCUAGCACGCAUCAGAUUAGAGCUGGCACAAUGUGAAGAUGAGGACUCCGUGGAUGAAGACCAGGAAGACAGAACAGCACAGGUGCAGAACUGGAUCGAGACAUCAGUAAUGGAAGAAAACAACAUGGGAAAACACGAGCAACGAGGUCAGCACCCUCCAGAAGAGCCAAAUGUGAAGCCUGAAGAGAACUCCUCAACGAAAAAAGAUACGAGCGAAAUUCAAGCGCUGACGAUAGCACUGAAGGAAGCCCUUACCACACGAGGAGGACCAGUAGCUCAGCCGAAAAAAGGGGAGAAGGUCAACGUCUGCAAAAAUGAUCCCACCUGGAAAAUGACAAAAAGAAAAGGAACGAAGACUGUAGAGAAGCAACACAGAUCUUCAAAAAUAACAGAAAAGAAAUAUAUACCGAUGGACACCGAACUACUCGAGAAAGCUGAAACUCUUUUGCUGAAAAGAAGCCAAGACAACAGUUUCAGAGAAGACAUCAAGCGCCUUCAGCAAGGGAAGCAAUUAGAGGGCAGCAGUAAAUUGAAAAGGCUCGACGUAGUACUAGAAGAGGGUCUCCUGCGGCUAAAGGGAAGAGUCGACGCGAUACAGGGUGUGACCAGGGACUACAAACGACCCAUCGUGCUCGACAGCAAGGACAAGACAACACAACUCAUCAUAGAAGAAUUCCACCGCCGCUUCAAUCAUGGAAAUCACGCGACAGUGAUGAAUGAAAUGCGACAACGCAUCUGGAUACUCGGUCUAAGAACAUAA